AUGUCUAAAGGUUUACCUAUUAAACAAAAAAUACCCAAUGUUAAUCGAAUCUUAUUGGUUUCCUCAGGAAAAGGUGGAGUUGGUAAAUCUACCGUAUCGAUUAAUUUUGCUAUGAGUUUGAAGAAACUUGGAAAGAAAGUGGGGAUUUUAGAUGCAGAUUUAUUUGGUCCUUCUAUUCCCAAACUCUUAAAUUUGAAUGGAGAACCAAGAAUAUCAGAUAAUGGGAAAUUAAUACCAUUGAGUAAUUAUGGCUUGGAAUCCAUGUCUAUGGGAUAUUUGAUAGCUCCAGAGAACCCUGUGGUUUGGAGAGGUCUUAUGGUGAUGAAGGCUUUACAACAAUUACUUUAUGAAGUAGAAUGGUCUAAGCUUGAUUACUUAAUCAUCGAUAUGCCUCCAGGAACUGGUGAUACUCAAUUGACCAUUAGUCAACAAUUGAAGGUGGAUGGAGCUGUGAUAGUCAGUACCCCUCAAGAUAUAGCCUUGAUUGAUGCUGUCAAAGGGAUAUCUAUGUUCCAAAAAGUGAAUAUUCCUAUCUUAGGGAUGGUUCAAAAUAUGAGUUAUUUCUUAUGCCCCAAUUGUAACCAUGAAUCACAUAUUUUUGGUAAUGAGGGGGCCAUAAAGAAAGCUAAAGAAUUGAAUUUAGAUGUCUUAGCUUCCAUACCUUUGAAUGAACAGAUAUGUGAACUGGCUGAUAAUGGGAAACCCAUCGUUCUCCAAGACACUCCUAUAUCCGAUAAUUACCUCCAGUUAGCUCAGGCUGUAUUAAACAAGUUAGAGAAAUAG